AUGAGCGCUGUACAAGAUCCGGUCAAUAUCAUCCCGGAGAGAACGAUGUUGGUCCCUAGUGUCUCUUCAGGCUCCGGAAUCAUGAAAACUGCAGUCUCAACUGCGGUCUCAACUGCAGAUCCACUGGAGAGGAAGGAUUUGCCUGUGGAUUUCAAAGUAUUUAGGCGCUGCAUUCGAGCGCCCAGUGACCCGUUUACCGGCGUCAUCAGCUCGACGGCCUCCACUUCCUUCUUCCUGACCAGGCCUCUGUAUAUCUACCUCGAGAUGGAUGAGAGUUCGACACCCGAAUCCUCAGCAAAGUGUCUUUCCUACUCUAUUGAAAGAAUAACCGUCGACCAGACCACCACGCUACCUGUCGAGUCUCUAAUGGUGGACGUGGUGAAACUAGAGAGGGAGAUAUCAUAUCCACUCCCGACAGACAGGGUGCUUUUUCUCACAGCUCACGAUAUCGCAGUGAAGAUCGUGUGCAAGCGAUGA